AGCCACGCCUGUGUGAAGCCUCGCCGUCCUUGAGCCCGCCACAGGCACCCGAACGGACACGGUCCUCCCACAUCCAUUGGUUUCUGGAUAACGCGGAGGCUCACCGGUACCAGGAACGUGCGGCGCCUGCAUCUUCCCGGUUCACUUCAAGGUUUCCGUCAGGCUAAGCGCUCAAGUUCAACUCCAGAUUCCCAUGGCAGAUGUUGAUGUGGUGCUCAUCUCGAUUGGCGUUUGUCAGUUGUGGAGAACAGACUGCUAUUUAUGCUGCAACCACUGAACUGGUAAUGGCCUCAUUAGCCUCCCUGUACAUGUACUCUCUCUUCUGCAGCAGAGAGAACGACAGAGAGAGAGGAGCCAGGUAGUGAAAGAUGGGAGGGCUGGUGAGGUCGAAAUCGAAGGCUUUCAUGUACAUAGCGCACCUACUGGCGGCGACGGCGGCCGUGAUGGUUCUGGUGUGGUGCAUCCACUUUCGUGGUGGCUUGGCCUUUGAGUCUGCCAACAAAUCGCUCAUCUUUAACGUGCAUCCGGUUCUCAUGUUGAUCGGCUUCAUCAUCAUGGGCGGUGAAGCUACGAUGAGCUACAGAACUCUUCCUUGGAGCAAACGAGUAAAGAAGACUAUCCAUUUGAUCCUUCACGCAAUUGCCCUUGUGCUUGGCGUCUUUGGAAUCUAUUUUGCCUUCAAGUUCCACAACGAAAGUGGAAUCGAUAACCUCUACAGCUUGCACUCCUGGAUGGGGCUCGGGACGAUCUGCCUCUAUGGCAUUCAGUGGAUUUUCGGGUUCGUCACCUUCCUCUAUCCUGGAGCUUCAGUGUUCCUUAGAACAGCGUAUCUUGCAUGGCAUGUACUGUUUGGCGUCUUCGUCUACCUACUGGCGAUUGCAACGGCCGAGUUGGGGUUUCUGGAGAAGCUCACCUUCCUCGAGACCUCAGGAAUAUUACACAGGUACAGUCCGGAAGCUUUCUUGGUCAACUCGACUGCCUUGGUUGUGAUUCUGCUAGGAGCCUCUGUGGUGCUCUCUCUCAUCGUUCCUUACAUAGAUUACUCCAACAUAUACACCGUAGACUGACAGAGCAUGUGAUGCUUCUUUCCCUUUCUCUCUCUAGAUUUCAGCUUUCUAUUGUCUGUAGCAUAGCGAGGAACAGAAUAAUAUUUGUUGUAUAAAGUAAUAGCUACUGUGCUUAGUUGCUGA